CAUCAGGCCGCCACCCCCAGUGGCCUUGCCGCCCCCACACCCUGCAAGUAUAAGACCAGGUAAACAUCACUGGGGAGGCACGGAGAAUGGAGACGCUCCAGGGGCUGCUGCUGUGGCUGCUGCUGAAUGUGGCUGGGGUGUGGGCAUCCAGGGGGCCACUGCGGCCGCUGUGCAGGCCCAUCAACGCCACCCUGGCUGCUGAGAACGAGGCCUGCCCGGUCUGCAUCACCUUCACCACCACCAUCUGUGCCGGCUACUGUCCCAGCAUGGUGCGCGUGCUGCCCGCCGCCCUGCCCCCAGUGCCCCAGCCCGUGUGCACCUACCGUGAGCUGCGCUUUGCUUCCAUCCGGCUGCCCGGAUGCCCGCCCGGUGUGGACCCCAUGGUCUCUUUCCCCGUGGCCCUCAGCUGUCGCUGUGGGCCCUGCCGCCUCAGCAGCUCCGACUGUGGGGGUCCCAGGGCCCAACCCUUGGCCUGUGACGCCCCCCACUCCCGGGCCUCCUGUUCCUCUAAGGAUCCCCCACCCCAGUGCCUGGAGCCAGCAGACGCUCUUCUCCACCCCUCCCAAUAAAGGCUUCUCAAACUGCA